UAAAUCCAUUAUAAUUGCAUUUCUUUUUGAAAAUAAUAUAUGCAUAAAUUUCCUGUGUUUAAACCUUGAAAGCUGGUUUUGAGUUCUUAUGAAGCGCUUCGGUGCUAAAGUCAUGAAAUCCAUAAAAGAUAAUUUUCGAAUUUUGGACUUCGUGAUCUUUGGAGGUAUAUUUGUUAUAUCUGCAUUUGUUGGUACUGUGUUUGGAUACAGAGAUAGAAAAAGCAAGUCGACAGAUAACUAUUACUUUGGAGGGAGGAAAAUUUCACCGUUUCCAGUAGCAACUUCGAUUGCAGUAUCAUUUAUCUCUGCCAUUACAGUAAUUGGAAUUCCUAGUGAAAUUUAUUUGUUUGGUACGGCAUUUACUUGGUGGGUUGUAGUCGUUCUAGCUUCCAAUGGAAUUGCAAUGAUGUACUAUAUCCCAGUAUUUCAUCGUCUACGUUUGAACAGCGUAUUUGAGUAUUUGGAGCUCAGGUUUCAUCGGAGAAUACGGAUUGUAACUUCUUUUCUUGAAAUUACCAAUGCGAUUUUUUACCUUGGAAUCACUGUAUAUGUACCAUCUCUUGCGUUGAGUGCAGUGACACCACUUAGCCUGCAAACUACUAUCGCUAUUACAAGCGCUACUUGCACGUUUUACACAGCGGUUGGAGGAAUGAAGGCUGUUAUAUGGACGGAUGUCUUCCAAUCAGUAAUCAUGAUAGUGGGAAUGUUGGCUGUUCUUAUAAAAGGAAUUAUUGUAGUUGGUGGCUUCAAUGAAAUUAUAUCAGCCAUGGAACGUGGCGGAAGAAAUAAUUCUCUAGUAUUUGAUCCAGAUCCAAGAAUUCGCGGGUCUUUUUGGACAAUUGUGUUUGGCGUAGGUUUUAUCACUUGCCAGAGAAUCGUUAGCAAUCAAAUAUUCAUUCAACGUUGGUUGGCAUGCGGAACAGUAAAAGAGGCAAAAAUGGCAGUCGGUCUAAGUGGGAUUCCUAUAGUAAUUUUUUUUCUCGUGUCUGUGGGAAAUGGUUUGGUGAUGUACGCUCAUUACGAAGGAUGUGAUCCUUUGAUGUCCGAAAAAAUUUCAAAAAUCGAUCAAACGAUGCCUCUUUUUGCUGUUGAAAUAUUUUACAACAUUCCUGGUAUGGCUGGACUAUUUGUUUCAGCGGCCUUUUGUGGAACUUUGAGUACAGUUUCGUCAGGCAUCAAUUCACUGGCAGCUUUAGCAAUGAUGGAUUUCGUAUUGCCUUUAUUUCCAAAUCUAAGCGCCAAAAGAAAGAUAUUUUUCAGCAAAUUUUUCACGCUCGGUUUUGGACUAAUAGUGAUGCUUCUUUCUUUUGCUAUAUCACUUACUUCGUCGAAUAUUGUACAAUUUGGGAAUUCCAUUGCUGGAUUUAUUGGCGGACCGGUCUUAGGAGUUUUUACUCUCGGCAUUUUUAUGCCAUGGAUUGAUCAUAAGGGCGCGAUGGCUGGAUUUUUGUUCGGAUUUGCUUGUACAUGUUGGGUUGGAAUAUCUGCAAUUUUGAAUCCAAGUAAUAAUUCUGCGGAGUUGGCAUUGACGACAGAUAAUUGUACAAUGCCGCCUAACUCUACAAUAGAAAGAACGACCCUUACUACUUUAAAUGUAGUAUUUGCACAUUUCAAUGUUACAGCAAAACCUACGGCUGUUGAUCAUUCUGACGGAUUUACGAUACACGACACACUAUAUGCAAUUUCGCCCUUCAUGUACGGAGUCCUAGGAUUCAUCACAUCAAUAACUGGUGCUCACAUAAUAUCAAUUUUUACUGGUUUCAGUUCUCUUUCAAAUGCCAACGCUGAUCUCUUCGUUCCUUUCAUCGACAAUAAGUUGUUGCCUGAAGAAGUUAGGAAGUUUUUCCGUUUUGGCGUACCUGUUCGUUCUCAUACUAGUGAAAGAAUAGCGCCAACUGAUGGAACAGCAAAGUUGGCCAAUGACGUUGAAAACACGCCUUUAAGCGAGGAGACAUAAUAAGCCAAAUCUCUUUAUUUUUGUUGUUGAGGACAUUUAAAACUUGUCAUGAAGAGAUUUUUAACCUUUUCUGAUAAUCGUAUAGCCGCGAUAUCUUUAUAUAGAGUAUUUCACGACUGUCUUAAAAAAUAU